AUGUUAGAAUCCGUCUCUGGAGAUUUCACUGCUAACUCAGCGCAGAUGGGUCGUCUUCAGGAAUACCAGGUCAUCGGGCGGUCAUUGCCCACCGACACGAACCCGACGCCGAAGCUGUACCGCAUGCGCAUUUUCGCACCCAACACCGUGGUAGCCAAAUCGCGCUUCUGGUACUUUUUGUCCAAGCUGCGCAAGCUCAAGAAAUCCACUGGCGAAGUCGUCUCCCUCAACGUCAUCCACGAGAAGCGGCCCCUGAAGGUCAAGAACUUCGGCAUCUGGAUCCGAUACGACUCGCGAUCUGGCACCCACAACAUGUACAAGGAGUACCGCGAGAUGAGCCGCACCGACGCCGUCGAGGCCCUGUACCAGGACAUGGCUGCCAGACAUCGUGCCCGAUUCAGGAGCAUCCAUAUCCUCAAAGUCGUCGAAAUCCAAAACCCCAACGAUGUCAAGCGACCAUACAUCAAGCAGCUGAUCACCCGCAACCUCAAAUUCCCGCUCCCCCACCGCAGCAACCGAACCAAGAAGCUCUUCACCUCCAAGAGACCUUCCACAUUUGCUUAA